AGCAAAAUGGGGAUCUCCCAAGGCCGAAAAUGCUCUCCCGAGGCCGGUGUUGGAAAACUUCAAGCAUCCCCAAGUCAUGAUGGCGACGCGAGACAGCGCCUUGCGAAUUCACCUGCAAGAGGCCGCAAUGGCCCACACGGCGGCAUGGACCGGCGCGCUGCUCGCCACGGCGGUCGCGGCCUACUACAUGUACCGCGGCUUCGCGGUGCGGUCGCGGUUCCAGCGGCUGCAGCGGCAGGGCGUGCCCAUGAUACCGCACCACCCCGUCUUUGGCCACCUCGGGGCCGUGGGGCGGCUGAUGGCGGCCGAGCUGCCCGCCGACGCGCACGGCAACUACAUGAGCGUGCUGAUCCAGGACCACUGGCGCGAGCUGUGCCCGGCGGGCGGCGAUGGCGACCUGCCGCCGCCACCGCCCGCCGUCUACGUCGACCUCUGGCCCUUCUCGCCGCCGUUCCUCGUCAGCCUGGACGGCGACGUGUCGGCGCAGUUCACGCAGGACCACAACCCGGACCACCCGGGCCUGCAGGGCCGCAUGCUGCGCCCGCUGACGGGCGGCCGCGACGUCUCGGCGUCCAACGGCGAUUUGUGGGCGGCGCGCCGCAGGGCCAUGAACCCGGCCUUCAGCCCUGCCAACGUCGCGGCCCACGUGCCCGGCAUCGCGGACGAGGUGGGCGUGCUGGUGCGUAAGCUGAGGGCCAGGGCGGGGAGGGACGGGGCGUGGGGACGGGUCUUUGCGCUGCAGGACCUGACGACGCGCCUGGCCCUCGACGUCAUCUACAGGUUCAGCGUCGGCGUGCGCGUCGGCGACCAGGACGGCGCGGACCUCACCCCCGUGUCGUCCAGCCUCGUCGGCCAGAUCAAGCUGCUGCGGUUCCACACCAACGUCUCGACGCUGCACCAGGUCUACAGCCCGCUGCGGUGGUGGAGCCUGUGGCGCAACGGCCGCGUCGUGGACUCUUUCCUCCUCCCGCUGAUACGCGCCCGGUUCGGGCGGCUGGGCGAGGACGGGUCGUCGGAAGCGGACACGGCCGGACCGAAAACCCUGAUAGACGUGCUGGCCAGGCAGCACGGCAAGCAGGCGGGCAGCGCAGACGACAGCAUCCGCCAGGCGCUGGGCGAGACCAAGCACUCGCUCUUCGCAGGCCACGAGACCACCAGCUUCACGCUCUGCACGGUCCUGAACAUGCUCGCGCAGCACCCCCGGGCGCUGGCCCGCGUGCGCGCCGAGGUGGACGAGGUGCUGCAGCGGGGGGAGGCGGCCGCCCCCAGCAAGGAUAGCGGCGCCGACGACGACGACCCGACGGGGCUGGACCGCGUGCUCCGUCAGGUCCGCGAGUCGCCGCACGUGCUCAAUGAGCUCGCCUACACGACGGCCGUCAUCAAGGAGACGAUGCGGCUCGAGACCAACGUCGGCACGCUGCGGGCCGGCCGCGCCGGCUUCAGCCUGCACGGCCCGGCGGGCUCGGGCCCCUAUCGUGGUGUCGAGUUCCCGACCGAGGGGUGCAUCCUGAUGGACGGCAGCUUCGCCAUCCACCGCGGCGCCAACGGCGGCGCCUGGGGCCAGAAGCCGCUCGAGUUCGCGCCCGAGCGCUGGCUGACGGACGACGGCGAACAGGAGGAAGGGCCGCGGCUCCCAACACCGCCGCGCAACGCUUACCGGCCGUUCGCCAUGGGGCCGCGCAACUGCGUCGGGCAGCAUCUCGCCAUGACGGAGCUCCGGUUGGCCACGGCGCUCGUGGUUCGUGAGCUGGACGUCGAGUGUGCGUGGGACGAGUGGGACGAGAUGAUUGGUAACAAGGGCCCCAACGCUAAAAAGCCCAUGGUUUUUGGCAGUCGGCUCUACCAGAUUGGCCGGGACGGUGUGCCGCAGCUCAAAGAUGGCAUGCCCGUGCAUGUGCGACUUCGCUUGGAUAAAAGAUAGGCGCUACCUUGUUUGGCUAUGAUGAAUGUCGUCGAUGUUGAUGGGCUUGGCUUCUGAUGGUGUCUCUUUGAUCCCGCAUGUCUCUUCUGGGUGGUAUUUUAGUGGGUCCCAGGCCCCUUCCCUCUAAUUCUCCCGUGGAAGGUGCAGAGAAGGCACAGGCUUCAAUUCCAACUUGCUUUCGGUCCAAAUCUUCA